AAUAGUUUCGAUACAUUUUUUUCCAACACUAGAUCACUGUAUAAAUAAUCAACCCUCUUAAAAAUUAUACUUAGUUGUACUAUAAAAACUUUCUAAAUCUUCGUUGAAGAUGGCUGAUCAAUUAAGUGAGGAACAAAUUGCCGAAUUUAAAGAGGCUUUUGCUCUUUUUGACAAAGAUGGAGAUGGAAGCAUAACUUCGAAGGAACUUGGGACAAUUAUGAGAUCUCUAGGCCAAAAUCCAACGGAAGCAGAAUUGCAGGAUAUGAUAAAUGAGAUUGAUGCAAACUCAAAUGGUUCCAUUGAUUUUCCUGAGUUUCUGACCCUGAUGGCCCGUAAGAUGAAAGAAUGCGAUACUGAGGAGGAACUCAUUCAGGCUUUUAAGGUCUUCGAUCGUGAUGGAAACGGCUUUAUAAGCGCUCAGGAACUCAGGCACGUAAUGACUAACUUGGGUGAAAGACUAACUGACGAAGAAGUCGACGAGAUGCUGAGAGAAGCUGAUGUAGACGGAGAUGGAAAGAUCAACUAUGAAGAAUUCGUAAAACUGAUGGUCUCAAAGUAAAGUGUAAUAACUAACUUUAAUGUAAAUUCUUAUCCCAAA